GAAAUAUAAACGCUACCGAAGCCCACUCAACUGUCAUAUUAAGAUACACUCAGGUUUUAACCGCUUCUAUAUCGAAUUACUGCAUUGGGAUUAACGCUAAUUGAUGUCGUCUAAGUGUUAAUUGAUGUCUAAAAGUAAUCUUAAAUUUUCCAUCUUUACGGAAAAAAACAGUAGGCAUUAAAAAAACCUUUAAUCCGGAUAUCUUAAAAAGUUGUGAAAUAGCGAAACAAAAAAAAAAUGAGUAAAACGCUCCAUUCGGAUUUCCUCUGCUUUCAUUGAUUUACCCAACGUUGGUUUUAUCGCUACAGAGUUUGCUAAGACACUUGAUAAGGUGUUAAAAGUGUUAAUUGACGGGCUUUUGACAGACGUAGAGGAAACAAUUAUGAUUUGUUACUACUUUAAUGGCUAAAGAAGAUGUGAAAAAGAAACACCGUCUAGUAUUUGCACAGUGAUAAAUUUGCCGGGAUACGCAUUUUAAGCUGAAAGAGUGACAAAAUUCAGAAGCAUUUGUUAAAAACACGUUUUCAUUGUAGAAAACGGCGGUGUUAACAAUAGAAAUACUUCAGAUGAACUUUUAGUACAAUUUUAUCAGUAAUAGUUAAUAUCUGUUAUCUGAUUAUUAAUUCUGUGGAGUUCCGAAGAGUCAAUCAAUUCGCUACUUCAACUUAGGAUGGUCACGUCGCACAAAAAGAUGAGAUCAAUUCUCAAACAGCGUUGAUCGUACGGAUUUUCUGCAAUUGUUUGGGUGAUUACGAUAGAAUAUAAGCCAAACCAUUCGGGAUUUUCCUUAACGAAUUCGGUAGAUAUGAAUUAAAGAUGUUCAGAAGAAAUUGUGCGAAAAAUUAAAGAAUUCUCUAGAAGAACACAACCUGUGGGAAAACUGGACAGAACUUGUUCUUGUGUGGGUUUUAUUAUUUGCAACUAUUUUUCUGAGUGUUUCAGUGAUAGAAAAUAUACUAAAAAGGAAAAGUACUUUUACGAUCAGGAAGAAAAUUGAAACAUUUAUUAACAAUAUAAGAAAAGCAAAUAAAACGGUUUGACACAACAAUCGUACCAUAUUACUGAAAUUUGAAAACGGAUAUGAACACGCUUUGAGAAAAAUGCUACUUUAUAAAAUACCAAAAAGAUAAAAAAAAAUAUGGAUUAAAAACAUGUUUUUCUGUGGAAUUAUAAGCAUUCCAGUGCAGGUUAUUUUGUACAAUAGAGGUGUGAUGUAGACGCUACAAUGAUUGUUGCACGCAUGAAUCUUUUGAUACUGGUCACGCUGGUCAAGCUUGGAGAAGCCACGCAUGCUUUUCUUGACCUUCUCAAGGAAGCUGACUACGACGGGAACUCUGAACCUAUUACAUUCCACCGCCGCGGUACCUCCCGACCGGCUCCAUCGGAUAAACUUCCGGUAUUAGACCUCAUAGAAAAUCCUAGUGCAGUUUUUGAUCCGCCGGAAUCGGAAUUAAAUCACAGAAAACUUAGAAAAGCUCUUGGUAGAGAUUUUGAUUCAGAAUACAUGGGAAUCGGUCGUCCUAUAAUUGCCGUGUUUCAACCGAACGGGACGGUUACUGUUAAAAAACGGAAAGGACGGCCGAAAGGCAAACGACCGGACUAUAUUCAAAAUGUCGGAAAACCUAUUAGGUAUGGAAAUCAAAUGAGACUUCCAGGGUUAAACGUAAACAGGAGGACUAAAAGAAAAAUUAAGAAAUAUAUGUGGAAUUAUACACAUUGUCCUGUAGUAUAUGCCUGGAAAGACUUGGGAAUUAGAUUCUGGCCGCAGUGGAUUAAAGAAGGUCACUGUUACAAUGGACGGUCGUGUUCAAUACCGCCAGGAAUGAGCUGUCGGCCGACGGGUUCUGAAACUAGAACUAUUUUUAGAUGGCACUGUCCAUUAAACAAGAAAGGUCAACUAAUGAAAUGCAAAUGGAUUAGGAUCCAAUAUCCAAUUAUUACUGAGUGUUCUUGUACUUGUUGAACAAUUCUUAAAAUACUAAAAUGGAUAAAAAAGUAGUAUGCCAAAGUAUUUGUGUGUAAAUAUUUAAACACUGAUAUAUUACGGGUUUUUUACUGGCACUGUCCUGGUGCAUACUGACUGUGUUGAACAUUUCUUAGCAUUUGUGACAUAUAUGUAUAUUUAUUGAAGUUGUCAUGCUUUGAGAUUUACUGUUUUCCUUCUCGGGUUGUUAUGAAUGUAUAAACUGUGGGGUAUAGGCCAGUUUUUUUUUUGUUAUGCCAAAUACAGUGUAUACUUCUGUUAUAUUGUUGCUUAAAAUAAUACUUUUAAAAAGUGAUGAAAUAUAAUAAUGUAGAAAAGUUUGAAUUAGUAACUUGACUGCUGAAGCAUUUCAGGCGUGUUCAAUGGCGGUCUUAUUUCAAGGGGCAUGUCGCCAGAUUUAUGAUUUUUAAAGGUAUCUUCAUUUACUAGUAUUGUAAUAAUUAUGAAUAAGAAGUGAAUUAAAAGUGAUUGAAUCAAAUCAAUAUAUGCGUAGUAAACAAAAUUGUAUUUUUUUUCUACUGCGUUACUCACUUGAAUAAACACUGGUGUCAAAAUUUGCUUUUUAACCCUUACCCUGCUAAAUUUCUAUAAUGGACUGGUCCAUCUUUAAAUUUGGAUAGUGCUGUUAAAAGGGGUGCUUACCAAAAAGAUACUGACUGAAUGGCGAAUGUGCACUGGUCGCAAAGCCAGAAUCAUUUGCCGCCAGAAGGCUAAGGGUUAAAGUAGGCAAAUUUUUUCGAUUUAUUAUUUACAAUAUUCUGCUAUCUCUUAAAAACGACAUUAUGUAGUGCCCUUUGCACAGACGUAUUUUUUGUACACCCUGGAGAUAUUAAAAGAUAGCUAAAGUCACAACUGCGAAACAAAUUUUGUAAAAUUUGUUUAUAUUUUAAGCUAAAGAAAAUUCAAGUUUCAUAAGUGAUAGAUCUUUAAAGACAGGUUUAAUGUUAAUUAAAAGCAGUUUUCACAAGACGACCAGAGAAUCAUAAAACUUUAACUGGGUGCUUACAUAGUUUAAUAAAAGAAUUGACAUUAGGCAGUCUAAGAAAUUCGUAAAAAAAUGACUUUAAAAAAAAUCCUUUCUUUUGGCGGGAUGGGAUUUAGAACUUUGUUUCAUAAAGCAUAGUGUUAAAGUCAAAAUGAGCCGCACCAUGAGAAAACCAACAUAGUGCAUUUGCGACCAGCAUGGAUCCAGACCAGCCUGCGCAUCCGCGCAGUCUGGUCAGGAUCCAUGCUUUUCACUUUCAAAGCCUAUUGCAAUUAGAGAAACUGUUAGCGAACAGCAUGAAUCCUGACCAGACUGCGCGGAUGCGAAUGCUCUAUGUUGGUUUUCUCAUGGUGCGGCUCAAAUUUGGUUUCAUACAUGAUAGCGGUUUACUUUUAAGCAUAUCACAAAAAAUCGAGACAGUUCACACUUUUAUGUACGAAUUCUUGUGUAUUAUUACAAAGUGAUUAUUAAAGUUAUACAUCUAUUGACAUAAUGUCGCUUGAUGAAAAGUACAUGUAUUGCAACUAGAAAGUAUUUUAAGCUGUACAUAUUUAAAAGGUCUUGUGCAUCUCUAAAUAGAUAAAACAAAGUUGGUCACAGAGCUAGUAAUAACAUAAAUACAUGUAUAAUUGUAUAUAGGUCACUAAAGUGAAUAAACUAUACUUAAGAUAUAAGAUCACUAAUAGAGAACCUCCUUUUUAAAGAGUAUUCAAUUCCUACCAUAAACCUACUUUUACUGAAAUUCUUAGGGGGCGUAGGUUCAAGCCCUACUGGGACCAAAUUUUGCCCCCCUUAAUUUCCCUUUUUUCUGGUAAGUUUCUACUUCUAUCAAGACUAAUUAUUGAUUUCUUGUACAAAAAUGGAAAAGGUAGAGUUACAUAUCUUUAAAAAUAUUGAGUUAACCGCGGUGAAAGUUUUCUAUUUUGCUUUCAGUCUUAGAUUAUAUAUUGUGGAAGAAAUUUAGGUAGGUUUUACGUCUGCCCUAAGGUUAUUUUUAAAUGGAGUAAGCAAAAUUCAAAACAGAAACACAUCAUUUGACCUUAUUUUUUCAAUGUUGAAGUAUGAAUUCUGUUUCAUUAAAUCCGUUUACUUAAGGCACCAUAUAAAAUGAUAUUGACAUUUUUAUUUUGUGUUUUAUAAUUGUUUACCAAUAGUUUGAUGUUUCUUUUAUUAAAAUUAAUGGUAAAAUGAGUUCUCUGCAACCGUUUCGGAUAUUGGCUAUCACUUUGAAAUUUGUCUCACUUGAGCUUGAGGAGAUACCAUAAGUUAUACAAAAUUUAUUAAAAACGGCACGGUAAAAGUUGUUUAAAAUUUGCAAAAUAGUGCAAAACACGGUUACCUUUCAGAAUAUACCAAGCGGAGGCCAUUUUGUAAACAUUACUAUUAGUGAUCUAAUACCUUAAUAUGACCACCAAUGCUUGAACUAGGUUUCCCUGCUUUUUAAAAUUAUUUCCCCACAUUUUAUGGCCAUUUUUAUAUAAUAUUUUUGUGGCAUAACAACCUAUCUCUGCAAAAACAUAUGUCAAAAGUCCAUUCCACGGUUCCCGCAAUCAGGGAAUUCAUCGGCAUGGUCAUAGCCUUGCUUUCGACUAGAUAAUCUUUUUAAUUUUUUAUAUAUUCUGACCAUUCUUUCUUAGCUUCAGUGUUUUGGGAAGAAAAGGGACAUAAUUAUACAAAAUUUGAAUAGCCGCAGGAGUUAUCUCCUGUGAACAAAACACAGGAUCUGAACACAGACUAGACUGGUCAGAGCCAAUGAGUGGUCACGUGAUCCUGGCAUAAAUAAAUAAAAUUUGCGAAGAUCGAUCGAAAGGUUGUUCUGCUGUAUCAACUUUUAGACACAGGAGUUCACCCACAUCUGUAAACUUUGGUAAAUUAUAAUGGGUAAAUCGUUUAUUCACUUUAUUGUCAUAUAUAUCGGUAUGUUAUAGACAUAUGAGUAUAAAUAGUUUUUUUUUUUUUUAUCUGUUUUGAAAUUUAAAAACCUUUACAAAAAUGUGCAAGUUUAAAUAUUUUUCACUUAUAAUAGAAAGUACAAGUUUAAAUAUUUUUCAUAAUAGAAAAGGGAUGAAAACCUUUGAAACUUUCAGCAAAAAUAUAAUAAGGCUUUAAACAGACUGUUAGUGUAUGUCUUAUGUUAAGACAGAUUUUUUUUUGGUCUACGGUAGAUAUUCUGUGAAAGUACGGCUUGUUUUUCACAGAUAAAUACUGUUUAGAAGUCAAAUACCGUAUUGCACUAGUAGGUGGAAAUCCAAUUCCGUAUUUUGCUUGUGCGGUAUUUCUUUAACAUUGUUAGUAGGUAACUAAAUUCCAUACUUGUAUCCUCCGUGUUUUGUUACUAUUAUCAAGUCAUUUUUAACAGCAUUAAAAUGUAACAACUUAAUGGAUAUCCCAACUGUUAGAAUCUGGAAGUUUUGUCCUUCUUACUGGCUUUGUGUUAUGAGACUGUGUAUAAAUUUGUCAUGGUGAAUGACAUUGUUACAAGAGAAAAAUGCAAGUGGUUAAAACUACAAAUUGCAUAAUCAAAGGUUGGCACGUUAAAUAAAUCCUGUUGAAUUUUCUUUGUAAUAUAGGCAUAAAAGAUAUGACUAUAUAUAUUUCUGAUGUAUAUAGAAAAUCUAUAAUUUAGGAAACAUGUACAGGUUGAAAUUUCGACUGUUUUUCUUCCCAAUUGUCACCUUUAACGCGACAAAGCUCAUUGCGUUUGUAUAAAGACCCACAUUUUGUUUGACAAUGUAGUUCUUGAACGUCACUUGUUGUAACUGAACUAUUGUUAUGUGAAUAAAAUGUAAAUUGUUUGUGA